AUGACUUUUCCAGGAGACAUUGGACACUACGAUGGCGAGGUGGAAACAGGCAUGAUAUUCAGGAACCGGGACGCUAUCAGACAGUAUAUGGCGGUUCACGCAAUAAACAAGAAGUUUCGUUUCAGGAGUAGGAAAUCCGAACCAGGGUUGAUGGUUCUUGAGUGCUGUGGAGAGAGUUGUCCUUGGAGGGUAUAUGCCGUUAAGCUGAAGGAUGCGAAGGUUUUCGAGAUAAGGAAAGUCAUACCGGAACACUCAUGUUCCAUUGACGACCGCGGUGGCUAUCAAAGGCAAGCAACAGCAACUGUUAUUGGCGAAAUCUUGAGGACCAAGUUUGGCGGGGCUUGCACGGGACCAAAACCCCGAGAAAUAAAACAGAUGAUGCAUGGUGAUCAUGAUGUAGAUAUAUCGUACUGGAAGGCGUGGCGAUCGAGAGACGUUGCCAUUGACAAAGUGAAGGGCACAACGAAUUCAUCUUACUUGCAGCUCCCAACCUAUCUAAAGCAGCUAGUUGUUGCAAAUCCGGGGACCAUCACAAGCCUUUAUACAGAAGCAAUUGACGGCGGAGGUGAACGUUUCAAGUACAUGUUUGUGGCCUUUGGUGCUUCUAUUCAGGGUUAUGAGUAUAUGAGGAAGGUUAUCGUCGUUGAUGGUACGCAUUUGAAGGGUAAAUACGCGGGUUGCUUGCUUACAGCAUCUGCCCAGGAUGGCAACUACCAAAUAUUCCCCCUGGCAUUUGCAAUCGUGGAUAGUGAGAACGACUCGUCAUGGGAGUGGUUUUUUCAGCAGAUGACAACAUUUGUAAAUGGUGACGAGGGGUUGGUGUUUGUCUCUGAUAGGCACCCAUCAAUAUCCAAGGGGAUUAGCAAGGUGUAUCCCACGGCAGGGCAUUGUAUUUGCGCGGUGCAUUUGAAGAGGAACAUACGUUCAAAUUUCAGAGCAAGACACUUGGAGUAUCUCGUUGCAAAGGCGGCGCGGACUUUCAGGAUGCAAGACUUCUAUAUCAUUUUCAACGACAUUAAGAACAUGGAUGCAAGGUGCGCAGAGUAUCUUCUGGAAAUCGGUUUGGAACAUUGGGCGAGAGCGCAUUUUCCUGGGAACCGUUACAAUAUCAUGACUAGCAACUUAGCGGAGUCUUGGAAUGCAGUGUUGCGUGAAGCUCGAGAAUUCCCGGUAAUACCGUUGAUUGACUUCAUCCGUACCAAGUUGACGGAGUGGUUUGCUACUCGUCGAGAAGCCGCAAACAAGAAUAAAGGCUCUGUCACACCGAAGGUUGCAAGUAUGCUGACAAAAAAUUUUGAAAUUGGUGGAGGUUACCAAGUAACCCUUAUUGCGGAGGAUGAGUAUGAAGUGCGUAACAAGACCGGUGGGAGUUUUCAUGUUGAUCUUGCUAAAAAAACUUGUAGCUGCUCCGAAUUUCAAAUGCUAGCUAUACCAUGUUCUCAUGCUGUUGCUGCUGCAAUAAAGGGGAAAGUUAGCGUCGAGUCCUUGGUGUUACCCGCAUAUACUGUGGGGGAGCUGAGGUCCGCAUAUGCAGGAAGUGUGCUCCCGGUGCCAGACACUAUUGAGGUGACCGAGUUGGCUAGCGAAUUGGGUGGGAUGAAUUUAUAUCCUCCUACAACAAGAAGGCCACCUGGUAGGCCAAAAAAGCAAAGGUUCUUCUCGAGGGGUGAAAAAAUUGUGAGUGUCUCUUAA